UGCCCUGCUCGAGUUUGCAGUUGAGUGCGCCAGGGCAGUACGGCUGAAUUAUAUAACUUUAAUGUACUCACGGGGUUUAAUGGCGCAACAGCGGAGGACUGCGCCUCAGAUCCGUCGCUCCAUCGCGGAUUAGUCCUGAAUUCCUCUCGCAGAAAGUGAUCGAUCACCGCCCUCCUUCAUUUUUCUCCCCUGCACCGGCGACGUGUGUUAAAAGUUACCGACACAGAUCGAGCGAGGCUGGGGCGCGCACACGAUGGAUCGCUGAACUCCUGCGGGGUUAGCGACGCUCUUGUUGACUCGAGUUUGGAGCAGUUCAGGCUGCGGACGAUGUUUUCCUGCCCCACGUCCGGAGGGGCAGCGACGGACCCGGCUGACAUUUCACUGCGCCACGCUCCUGCGAGGAAGGGGUUUCAUCCGAGAGCUUGAUUGGAACGGCGGACGCUGCGUAAUUUCUCCGACUCUUGUUCCUCCAAACUCGGACUUAAAACGGGAGAUGACCUGAGCGGUGGGGAGUGCAUUCCCCCCUUUUCACCACAGGAUAAAGAUAUGGAUCAGGGUGGACUGAAGCGCAACUGUAAUCGAGACGACAGCCUGACAUUUGGGGAGACAGCAGUCGGAGUAGGCAGUGACACAGGUGACACGGCUGGUUCGCUGCUCCAACCCGCUGCGAUGCACCUGCCCAGCCCCAGUUCCCUGCCCCAGCUAACGGUGGCCCCAAACGGAGGGGCUGGCACCAAAGACCAGGGGGAGUUCGGAGGUCUCUUUGAGUCCCCUCGUGGCCAGUGUGAAGGGUCAGAAAUGAAGGAGGGUAAAAUCAUCAGAUUGCAGAAACGAAAACACCACCUGGAUAUUGGUAUGUUCAACAUGGAGGACAAUUUGUCGUUGCUGAACCAGAAUAUUUCUGAUCUCAACCGGACGUCCACCUCUGUCAUCAGUACUUCAGACACCUCCGUCCUGGGCAAACUGCCUUUGCCCAACCUUUUCCCCCAGCACAUCAAGCAGGAGGGAGGUUUUUCUCUGGAAAAGGAGCUGGGCACUUACGGUGGACAUACAGGCGGCGGCCCGUGUGAUUUGGAUGGCAACAGCGGUCACCUUAUUGAGGAUACCGAGAUCUGGCAAGACCUGGACCUCCCUAAUUCAUUGCCAGAAAUCAGUGAUUUUGAGUUGGAUUCAGAGGUGGCACACUUGGAUAACAUCCUACAUGACAGCAGCGGCGGUUGCGGUCCUGACGGCAGUUUGCUUAAGGAAACAAAGGUCCUGGUGGGCAACGGAGGAAACUGUACCGAUGUGAAUGGCACCGACCAGCAGCACCCCUUACAGCAUCAUCAGCACCAGCAGCAGCAGCACCGCCACCUGCUACAGCACCAGCAACAUCAGUUACACCAUCAACAUCAGCAGCCUCCAUCGCUUCUCUCCAGCGUCAUGAUCAAGGAGGAGAAAGAUCACGACAACUCUUUCAUCCACAUCCGCACACCUGGCGUUGUCAAACAGGAGAAGCAGGAGAAUGGCAGUUUCUGCCAGUCGCAGUGUCUCCAGAGCAGCAUGAGCUCUCUGCACGGAGGAGGCCCGAUGUCCUCGACCAUGGGAGCCGGCGCAGUACCUGGCUACCACUACAAAGCCAGCCCGUCCUCCACCGUGGGCCUACAAGACCAGAAGCCUUUUGGCAUUUUCUCGAAUCUGCCUGCAGUCGCGGAGAGCUGGACGAGGGGGGGCAGGUUUGGAGAGCCGUCCGGGAUACAGAGGGGCAACGAUGGGCUCCCCUCCGCAGCCAUGUCACCCUUCUCUGUCAGCUUCUCCAGCUCGUCUCCCAGAACAGGAGAGAACAGCAGCUCCGCUGUGCCAGGCCUGUCCAAGCCCAGCGGUCCGACCCAUAAGAUCUGUUUGGUGUGUUCGGAUGAAGCUUCAGGAUGCCACUACGGUGUCGUAACCUGCGGCAGUUGCAAGGUGUUCUUCAAGAGGGCGGUCGAAGGAUGGAGAGCACGACAAAACACAGAUGGCCAACACAACUAUCUCUGUGCAGGAAGGAACGACUGCAUCAUAGAUAAGAUCCGCAGGAAGAACUGUCCAGCCUGCCGCUUCAGGAAAUGUCUUCAAGCCGGAAUGAACUUGGAAGCGAGGAAAAACAAGAAGCUGAUCAAGAUGAAAGUGCACCGGCCCACUGGAUCGGCAGAGCCCAUCAGCAACAUGCCAGUCCCCGUCAUCCCCAGGAUGCCCCAGCUUGUGCCGACCAUGCUGUCUGUGCUCAAGGCCAUCGAGCCAGAGAUCAUCUACUCUGGCUACGACAGCACUCUGCCCGACACCUCCACACGACUCAUGACCACUCUCAACAGGCUGGGGGGGCAGCAGGUCAUCUCUGCAGUCAAGUGGGCUAAGUCACUGCCAGGCUUCCGCAACCUGCACCUGGACGACCAGAUGACAUUGCUGCAGUGCUCCUGGCUCUUUCUGAUGUCCUUCAGUCUGGGCUGGAGAUCGUAUGAGCAGUGCAACGGCAACAUGCUCUGCUUCGCCCCCGAUCUCGUCAUCAACAAAGAGCGAAUGAAGCUGCCCUUCAUGACCGACCAGUGCGAGCAAAUGCUGAAGAUCUGCAAUGAGUUUGUCAGACUGCAGGUGUCCUACGACGAGUACCUGUGUAUGAAGGUCCUAUUACUGCUCAGUACAGUACCAAAAGACGGCCUGAAGAGCCAGGCGGUGUUUGACGAGAUCAGGAUGACGUAUAUCAAGGAGCUUGGGAAAGCCAUCGUCAAGAGGGAGGAGAACGCCAGUCAAAACUGGCAGCGCUUCUACCAGUUAACUAAGCUACUGGACUCCAUGCAGGAGAUGGUCGAGGGCCUCCUCCAGAUCUGUUUCUACACCUUUGUGAAUAAAACCCUCAGCGUGGAAUUCCCGGAGAUGCUGGCGGAGAUCAUCACCAACCAGAUACCAAAAUUCAAAGAUGGGAGCGUCAAGCCUCUGCUGUUUCAUCAGAAAUGACUGCCUUAAAACUGUGAAGCAAUGACUCAAAUCCUCCUCCAAGAGCACAAUACCUGUAGCCUCACGCCUCGUAAUCCGCUCACAGAUUUAGCCAGACUACAGUGCAGGAGGCCCGGCUACCGACCUGUGGCCCUUCCUCUCGGCUACCCAGGAAGAAAUUUGGCCUCGAGAGGAAAUGCUUUUGGCUCUGAAUGUCUUGUGGGCAGGCUGCUGGUGAUCUACCCCUCCCACCCCCACCCCCCUGUCACCUUCUCCUCCCACGUCUUUCCUGCCUCCAUUGUUCUACUGCUUUUUCUCAGAGACCGGCCAACUCUGUACCACCACCAUUUCCUACGUUCUGUCCAACUCCCUGGAUUAGCGACCUGCGCGAGCUUGCCCCCACGUUUGAAUCCUGCUGUUCCUCUGCUCACCUGCCCAGCUUCGUCCCAGCUCCACUGUGCGGAGAAUGUAGUGAGCCGCUCACUUGUGUUGUGGUUUUUCAGAGAGCUUCUGACGACGAAAGGGACAAAAAAAUAAAAAAAAUAAAAAAACUGCAGUCAAAAUUAGAAACAUACAAUACAAUACAAUCGUUUUUGUUUUCUCUCUCCCCCUCUGGACCCAAGGACAGUGAGGACAAACUGUUUUCAGCUGUUCACCUGACCACGGGAAGAAAAAACAAAAAACUGCCAGAGGAUUUUCUCCCUUUUUUUCUGACCACACAUGCAAAAGUCACACGAACACGCAGACAUGCAGUCACACAGCAAAAUGUUUACACGGGAUGUAUCCGAGAAGGGAAAACCAGUGCCUUUUAGCUUUUUAAAGCUCUUCAUAGCCAUCCUCUGUAAACCGUUGUUUCUUUGCAUCAGAAUGUAACCCAGACAUCCUUCCACAUAUUUCAUUCUAUUUUAAGUUUUUCUUUUUCAUGCUGGCAAUUUCUGUUUUCUUUCCAAAUUGCCAUUUCAGUGUUUUCAAAGUGGGCAGCUCUCUCUGUUCGGAUCCCCAGACACGCACACGAGGACGACACGACAACAUGCAGAUAGGAAAAGUGUGGUGCAGUAGGAAGUGUUAGGAUCUUAAUUUUUUUCAUCUCAAAAAGUUUCACCUAAAAAAACUUCAGGAAAACAAAAUGUUGUUUCAUGUGUCUCUUCCCCGUGUGACGUGUAUUAGACAAAUAUACCAAAUCUCCCGAUUCAGAUCUCAUUGUGUUAAAAGUUACAGUACAUUGAUUAUUUCAACAAAUAUAAUGUUGAAUACACGUUCAAAUAUUUUCCCCUCUUCUCCAGAAUAGCACCCAGUGGAGCACAUGCCUCCGUCAAGGCCCAACAUAGGCCCUCAUUAAAUUCAAUCGGGCUGCACCGAAGGUCACACACUCAUAAAUAACAGUCAUCUAAACCUGGCUGACUCAGGAUCCAUCAGUUAAAAAAAAAAAUGCUGAAUCUAGCAAUGGUAAAGAAAGUGAUAGAAAUAAUUUGGGGAUUUGCCUCUAAAAUGUAACGGGUUCUUUCUUUGCCCGUGUCCCGUCCUUUCCACCAAGUUUAGUGGGAAUCUGUUUUUGCGUGAAACAAACAAUCAGAAAAAUGGACAGGGGCCAAAAAAUAUAUUCCAAAACAGAGGUAAGAAGCAAAAACUGCUUUCUGCUAAACUGAUACGACUGGAAAUAUCUGAUGUUUUGAUAUAUUUCCCUAAAUAUUCCAAGACUUGGACUAAUCAACUUUUUAUUCACAAACUUUUGCAAUUUUUUUAUUGCUCAAAUGGAUGCUUUUUGUCUUUAAGAGCUAAACUGCAUUUUUUUAAACAGAUCCCAUGAGGGUGUGUUGAUGAAAAGCCAUAAGUCAAACCCGUCCUGUCAUCACCAGCUGCUUUAACACUGAGGUUCCACUUUUAUUCACUUUAAAAUACACUCAAAUGUCUCAUGUAGUCAGUUGCCGCCUGUUGAUAUCUCAGAAAUCACAGAGGUACGGACGGACGUAUUUCCUGGUGUGUGUUGCCACCUCGUAAAGGUUACUAGACUGGUUCCAUUUUAGAGAUAAUGAGUGUGUAAUAAUUCUCAAACUUCAACAUACUUAAAGCUUAUGAUUAACUUCACUGUGUAGUUCUCCUGAUGAUUACCAUCAAUUACCAUUUUAGAUUGAAUCGACCCUUUAAUCAGCUUCAUCUCAGUGUGUUUGCACAAACCCAACCUGGAGUUAUUAUUAAACUGUUGAGCUCA